AAAAAGAAUUGAAGCAUUUGUUUUGAAAAAAGAAAAACACAUUUAAAGAAUUACAUGGACUUUGCAAACAGAUUUAAGAAAAUGAAAGUAAAAAUUUGAACACCAUCCAGGCUACAGAGGUUGCAGUGGAUAAGAAGUUUAAAAGCUUUGGUUCAAGAUUACAGGAGGCUGCAAGAAAAAUUAAAGACAUGGAAAUGAGGAUGGAAUGACAGGCUGCUAUUUUGCCUCAGAAUACUGAAGAUUGUAAAGCAUUGAGAAAUCGAAUUCAUGACCCUGGAAAUCAAGCUCAGAUUAAGAAAUGUCAGGCAUUCGACCUCCGAUCAUGAAUGGGCCCAUGCACCCGCGCCCUUUGGUAGCGUUGCUGGAUGGCAGGGAUUGUACAGUAGAAAUGCCUAUUCUGAAGGAUGUAGCCACAGUGGCAUUUUGUGACGCUCAGUCUACACAAGAAAUUCACGAAAAGGUACUAAAUGAAGCAGUGGGUGCACUGAUGUAUCACACUAUCACUUUAACACGAGAAGACCUGGAGAAAUUUAAAGCACUUCGAAUAAUUGUCCGAAUUGGCAGUGGUUUUGAUAAUAUUGACAUCAAAUCUGCUGGAGAUUUAGGGAUCGCAGUGUGUAAUGUGCCAGCUGCCUCGGUAGAAGAAACAGCAGAUUCUACCAUGUGCCACAUUCUGAACCUGUACAGGAGAACCACCUGGCUUCACCAGGCUUUGCGAGAAGGCACGAGAGUACAAAGCGUUGAACAGAUUCGGGAAGUGGCUUCUGGAGCUGCCAGGAUCAGAGGGGAGACCUUGGGAAUUAUUGGAUUAGGGCGUGUUGGGCAAGCAGUAGCACUACGUGCCAAAGCCUUUGGCUUCAGUGUGAUUUUCUAUGACCCAUACCUCUCAGAUGGCAUGGAGCGUGCUCUGGGACUGCAGCGGGUGAGCACUUUGCAGGACCUGCUGUUCCACAGUGACUGUGUUACCCUGCACUGCAACUUGAAUGAACACAAUCAUCAUCUUAUUAAUGACUUCACCAUAAAGCAGAUGAGACAAGGGGCUUUCCUGGUCAACACAGCUCGAGGUGGGUUAGUAGACGAAAAAGCACUUGCACAGGCCCUGAAGGAAGGAAGGAUACGAGGGGCAGCCUUAGAUGUACAUGAGUCAGAACCAUUCAGGUGCUUUUCCUUUUCUUUUCUUUUUAUUUUGUUCACUUUCUUAUUUUUAAGUCUUAGUGCAUGAUACAAUCAACAGCAACAAGUAAAUUGAGUUUUCCCUUCAUUUGGUAGCUAAAUACUCCUUAGUAAAGCAACAUGAAUCUGUGCAGCACUGGACUAAUGCAAAUGUAGAUGGAGCUUGUGUAUGUGGUCAGAAGUGAAAAAAGU